AUGGAAACGGCAGCUAUGGUAAAUACUGUGAUAAAACAUUAUGAUCAUCCGAUGCGUUCUGCCACAUCUCGCCCUUUAACGAAAUUCGAUUCAACAACGACAAUUCAAGUUGUUAGAAAAUUUAUCGAGAAUGAAGACGACUUCCCAUCAUCGUUUUACUAUUCAGUCGAAAUUUAUAAUAGAGAUCACAAGCACUAUUUCAAACUUGACGACCGAUAUAUACAAUUGUACAAACCAUUUAAUUGUGUUGAUAUAAUGAUAAAUGGACAGUCAACUCUACCAAAGCCUAAACUCAUUAAAAUUCGAGUCACUUGGAUAGAAACAAACAACAAUGAUGAAGGAGGAGUAAUUCGAGAAAAUACCGGUCAAGAAGCAUUGGAUGAACAAUCGAAUUUCGACAAACACAACGAUGGUCAAUCCAAGAUUGAUGAAGAACCAUUGAAUAUUGAUUCUUCUAUUGGGUGGUUUAAACUUCCAGAAGACAGUGAAACAGACUCAAUUCCAUCAUCACCUGGCCUUCUCGAUGAUGUGUCUAAAUGUCGUCCUACCAGUGCAGAACGGGCAGUUCCAGAUGACAACGAAAUGACAUCAACAUCAAUUCGAUGUGGUUUAAAAAAUAUGGGAAACACUUGUUAUAUGAACGUAAUUUUACAAAUGUUAGCUAAUAUCACUGUAUUGAAAGAUUGGAUAUCCAGAAACGAUCAUCGUACGACAUGUCAACAAAGUGAAAUUUGCGCUCUCUGUUGGAUCGAAGAAACUUUGAAAGGCAUGCAUCAAAAAUGCAAAAACGAAUUAAAACCAGGAUUGGUACCAGUAUAUGAACCAAAAUCAUUUUAUGAAAAGCUUGAAGUUUUAUCAUCACAAUUUAAAAAAGGUACUCAACAAGAUUGUAUGGAACUCUUAUUGAGUUUGUUCAAUCAUACCAAAGAGUCAUCAAUUUUAUUCGAUAUUUUUAAGUUUCAAUCUCAACGUGUCACUCAGUGUGAAAAAUGUAAGACAUCAGAACCUGGUCCGAUCGAGAAUAAUACAAUCAUGCAAUGUUCUAUUCCGCAACCAAUAGUAUGUAGUCUAGAAGAUUGCUUAGACAGUUAUUGUGAAAAAGAAUUAUUAACUGGUGAUAAUGCAUAUCAAUGUGAUACAUGUAAUAGUAAACAGGAUGCUGAAACCAAAAUAGAAAUUUGUUCAACGCCACAAGUUUUAUUAAUUGCACUAAAACGAUUCCAAGCAAAUAAUCAAGGAAAACUACACUCUGCCGUUACAUACGAAGAAGUACUCCAUCUGGACAACUGGUUAAGUAAAUAUUGUUCGGCUAAAAUAACUAAAAAUCAUAAAAUUUAUCAUCUUUCCGCUGUUAUUAUUCAUCGUGGCAACGGUAUGGAAAGCGGCCAUUAUAUAUGUUAUGUCAAAAAUGAAAUUACUAAUGAAUGGUAUGAAGCAAACGAUGACUCGUUUAAAAAAGCUGAAUUUGUAUUCGAUAUGAAAAAAGAAGUUUGUCUUUUAUGUUACGUACGAUCCGAUCUGAGUAAGUCAAUUGUAGCUGAUAAUAACACGCAAGCUACAGGAAUAUCGGAUAUGAAAACUAUGUUCGUUUUAUAA